AUGAAGAUACAAUCCAACCAUGCUUCCCUGUUGAUCAAGCUUUCGACCCUAAAUUUUCUACUCGUAUUCUCCGCUUCCCAAGAUUUCGAUUUCUUCUACUUUGUUCAACAGUGGCCAGGAUCAUACUGCGACACAAAACAAAGUUGCUGCUACCCGAUCACCGGAAAACCAGCAUCGAACUUUGGAAUCCAUGGACUUUGGCCUAAUAGAAACAAUGGCUCCUAUCCUUCCAAUUGCGACUCUAGCAACCCUUUCGAUGCAUCCAAGAUUUCAGACCUCAGGAGUGAAAUGCAGUCGGAGUGGCCAACAUUAUCGUGCCCAAACAAUGACGGGCUAACUUUUUGGGGUCAUGAGUGGGACAAGCAUGGGACUUGCUCGGAAUCCGUACUCAAUCAACAUGAUUAUUUUGCGAAAACUCUUAGCCUCAAGGACCAAAUAAAUCUUCUCCAUGCUCUGGAAAGUGCGGGGAUUCAACCAAAUGGGGAAAAGUAUAGUCUUAGUAGCAUAAAGAGUGCGAUCAUAGGAGCAAGUGGUUUGACACCAUGGAUCCAGUGCAACAAUGACUCCUCUGGUAACAGUCAAUUGUACCAAAUAUACUUGUGUGUGGACUCGUCCGCUUCUGACUUUAUUGAAUGUCCUGUCUUUCCAUAUGGACAUUGUGAUUCCUCCAUCGAGUUUCCUUCGUUCUAA